GUCAUGACGCUUUUAUUGUGACAGGUUCAGACAGGAAGUGCUGUAGUCGCUGCUACAACCUGCUAACGGAAAUCAGCUGAACCACAAUAUAACGUUAGUCAAAAGAGAGGCUUUCCACAUCGCACAAUUUCUGGUUGAUUAGGAAGCGCAGUGAUACCAUGUGGGAGUCACAUGAACGACGAGGAUGAGGCAUCAACAACAAGAGGGCAGCUUGAGGAGAGAGCCGCUGCUGCUGCUGCGCACUAUCUGUCACAGGGAGGAGGAGGAGGAGGGGGUUUGCUGCUUGUAAAAGAUCCCUACAGUACAACAAGCAGCUCCCCUGUGUGUCCCCCCCCACCACCUCUUUCUGAACAUAUGCAAUGAACAGCACUACUGAGACCCCUGCCACCAUAGAUGGGGAUGUGGGAGUCAGCUAUGUGUUGGUGCCAUUUCUCCUCAUCACUGUUAUUGGAAUAGCUGCAGCUGUGAUCAUGUAUAUUCGUAAGAAAAGGAGAAUUGACAGACUCCGUCAUCAGCUGUUACCGGUUUACACAUAUGAUCCGUCAGAGGAGCUUAAUGAAGCUGAGCAAGAAAUGUUGUGGAGAGAAGAGGACACGAGGAUUGUACAAGGUUGGGCCAGAAGUUAUCAACAGCGACGCCCUCUUCUGACCAAAGACGUCACUGCAUGAUGGUAGUAAACGACGGCAUCGAACAUUGUCAGUGUGGACUCGACCUUCAGUCACAGAGAGCAGUCAUUUUCAACAUCAUGCAGAAGACUUUUUUUUCUUUUUCUUCGCUACCAUUUGCCGUUAUCUUUCUUGUUAUAUGUACAGACUGUUCAUUUGUGUGGUUCUGAUGCCAAUCCUGUGUAACAGACACAGCACAAUACAUUUAUUUAUUUGAAAUUAUUUAUUCUUCUUUUUUUUCCAACCAUGUUAUUCAGUGACUCAAAGUUAAGAAUCUCUCUAAAGAUGAAGGUUCCUGUAGGUUCUCUCUGUUGUUUACAUGCAUAAUGUUGUUGUGGGCGACAUGCGGCGAGCAGUUGUGUUCCUGUGGGUUGCAGUAGGCUUUCGUACUGAUUUUGAUUUAGGGGCAGUGUUCACCGUGUGGUAAGAGCAUGAAUGUUGUGCACUAGUUAGAAACCAUCACUCGUGCUGUGAGAGGGGUUUGUGAUCAUUGCCUGGAUAGGUUGCUGUGAAGAGGCUGUUUGCAGUGCAUUAAAAACAAAUAUGACUUCUUUGAUGAAAUGCUUUUAGUUUUCAAUAGUUGCAUUUGUUGACAUCAAACACUGCAGUGUGACUUUUAAAUUUUAAAAUCAAAGUUUCAUUUUGAUAGAGAUAGAUUUAUAAGAUAAAUAGGUUAGCUUGGGUGGAUUUGAUUUCUGUUUCAUUUUGAGUCCAAAGCUUGAACGUGCCCCUUUUGAUUUUAAUUUCCUCUCAGAAUUUAAGUAGCUGCCCCACCAUCCGGAUCUUUUAGCGGUUCAGCCAAAUCCUAUGACUCUUAUAAAUGGCAUGAAGAGCUAGAUAUGGAAGUAAAUAAAACCAACCCUCUCAUCCCCAAAAUGAGCCGUGACUAGUGCCCUAAAUAUGUCCUGUCUAAAUGGCACGGCACCAACACAGAUUUACCUCCAGCUGAAGGUGAAUGCCAUAGGUCUGACUGUACCAAGCACUCAGGAAACCUCGCUUUCUUUUUCCUCCAUGAAUUGUAAGCUUUAUUUUUUGCCUUUGCAUUUGUGAAUGUAAACCAAAUACAAUAGAACUGUUAAAAGAAGGAACAUGUUUUGAUGUUAUCACGUAUGACAUCUAGAGGUGUUUCACAAUGACAAUUAGCUUUUUUUAUAGACGUUUUCUGUUUUCAUUUUUGGAACACGUUCCUCUGUGCUCCCCGGUCAUCUUUACAUUUCACUUUUCAUUUCCUAUGCAUUAUCUGGAGACUUUAUUUUAAGAGAAAAACCAAUGAAAUAGGGUAGUCGUGAUUUAAACUGUACAAAUAUCCGAUCAUGACAUUGAUUUGCACUGGUAAAACACAUUGUAAACUUUUCACGAAAUGAUUAUCAGGCUGCACAUGAAAAGUCAAAGAACUACUGAUGUAAAUGUGAAUUUGGCAGCACUGUUAAAAGCUCAGACUGUUGUGCCAGUGUGUUGCUUUGAGAAGGAAUUGAUUGAGGCUGUUGAUUUAAACACUGAACAUAUAAAUAAAGUGAUAAACUUUG